AUGUCGAUAGCCACACGCAUUGCCGAACUUGAGCGUGCCCUAGCCAGAGAAAAACGUCGCGUUGAGACACUCCGCCAUGAGCAGGUUGAGAACAUGAAGCUGAUCGCCGAAUACGAGAACGCGGUUGGUACUAUGGUCGAGCAGAUCCGCAACUAUUGCUGCAACAACGAAGGUCAUUUUCUCUCCCAGAAACGCCGCUACAAUGACCUUCUGCAAGCCGAACGAGAUGCGCACCUGGCAUCCCGUCUAGACCGUGACUAUUGGCACGCGCAGACCAUGAAGUGCGCCGAGAUGAUCCGAACAGCCUACCGUCUGCGGUGCGAGGAGGAAGAGCUACCUCUACGCAUCGUGGCUGGGCUGCAGAAUGAAGUGCGUGCCUACCGCAACGCCCUGGGUAUGGACCCAGAGAAGCCAGAGGAGGAGUGGGGAUGGGAGAUCCUUAAGGAUGCUCCCCCAGGCGUCGAGUAG